UAUUUGAUAUGCCCUUUGAUUUUGAAUUUGUAUAUCAUUAUUAUGGCUACUAACCUUUCUACAAAUUUUCAUGGUCUUAGUUCUUAUAUGAAUGGAAAAGAUUCAGAUAACAUUCAUAUAAAUUCAACUAAAGCUCAGAACAUAGCUUUAAUUGAAGGAAUUGAUUGUUUUGGCAAUGAACGACAAGUAUUAUUGGAACAGGCAAAGUUUUUUAAUAAUCCAUGGUUAAGUGAUAUUCUUAUUAGAGUUGGUGAAGAAAAGUUUUAUGCACAUAAAUUGAUAUUGGUUCGUGCUUCUGAAGUAUUUGAGAGAAUGCUUAGUGAUGAAUGGAAUGAUUCCCCAGAAAAAGAAUUAAUCUUAAUUGAAGAAAAAGAAUGUAUUAAUGUUUUUACCAAAUUUUUAAGAUAUUUAUAUGGAUGUCAUAUAAUUUUAAAUGCUGAAGAUGCUCUACCCAUAUUGGUUCUAGCAGAUAAAUAUAAUGUGACUGAUCUAAGACAUGUGGCCAUCCAAUAUGCCAUUAACAAUAUUAUACCUAGGCUUCAAUUGAAAGAUCUUUUUCACAUUUGGUUUCAAUAUGCUACCAAAUGUUACCAUUCUCCACUCAUAAUGGCCUGUAUUUCAUCAUUAGCAGACAAGAUGGAUGAUAUAACUUCACUUGAUGAAUGGAAAUCAGAAUGGAAUGGACUUGACAAAGAUCAACUUAUUGAAAUUUUAAAAUGCUCAGAUCUGGUUAUUAAAGAUGAAUACCAGUUAUGGCUGGCAGUUGAAAGAUGGCUCUUGGUUAAGGUUCAGAAUGAUAUAACUAAGGCCAUCGAACUGAUUGCUGACGUUUUACCCUUUGUUCGAUUUCCCAUGAUGACGGCCGAUCAGCUCUGCGAAGUGGAGAUAAAUAGUAAGCUAGCCCAUCAAUUUCCGGCCCUUUUCGCCCCGCACCUGGCAUCGGCCUACAAACAUCAUGCCCUAUCCCUCACGUCGCUGGCUCAUUAUUUUAAUAAUACUUCCGCCUCUAGUUGCAAUAACAAUCAGACCUUCGUUUCUCCCCCAUUUCAGGAUAACAAUGUUAACCAUAAUCGCAAUGUCGAUAAUACUACCAAUAUAAAAUCGAACCUCGGCAGCGAUAAUGGUAACACGCAUGUGCUUAUUUCCUUGUUGAGCCCACUCUUUUUUAACGCUUACCCCGUAAUGCCAAAUCCCGAUUCUUGCGACAAUAAAGCAAUAAAUAAUAAUACGAAUUCAUCGCACGCUGCAAGCCAUUUCUCCCUUCAAAUCAAUGGCGACUUAAACCACCCCAAUUACCAUAAUCCUAACGCUAACAAUUGUGCCAACAAAAGCAGUAUCAACCAACCCAUUGGUCACGCGAACUCAGGUUCGUCAAACAAUACUCUUAUCAUUUACGCCAACCCUAACGCGACACCCUAUUCUAAUUCAUACUCCAGUUUUCCCAUUUCUCCCUCUUAUCCAUAUACUUCUCCCAAAUUAGUCAACAUUCCCAGCUCGCAUACCUUUCUACUUCGCAAUUACACCGAUGAACUCCGUUGGGACAAACGACUCGUAGUUCCUAAUCUUUCGAAAGUGGCCUCUCACACUGAGCUGGUCUUUUACCUCACUACUCGAUCCUCUUCUACCCCUCAUUCCCAUUACGAUUGGGAACUCAAAGUUCAUCCUAGAGGGUUUGGUCCGGCCCACGAGAGGUUCAGGUGUACUUUGGGCCCGGCCCCGGGAUUGGAUAGACCUCGUUCCGUGGAAUAUUCCUUAGCACUUGUGAAUCCAUUGAACUUGGAGAAAGACUCUAAAAGCGAGAAAAACUUUGGCGAAGUAGUUUCAAAGUUCAAUAAUGAAGGCGGAUCAUCUUUUUUCAAGUGCGUUGCCGGGAGAAAAUGUUUUACUCGUACUCGUUACCCAGUAGACACUCUAGCCGAAACUGACAAACGAGUAGAUUUGAGUGACGUCCUUCCAUCUACAACUAAUAAUUUCUUGGAACCUUUUCUUACUGACGAUAGGCUAGUGUUUCAAUUAGUCCUUAGACCUAUAGAAUGAAAAAGAAACGAAUGCAAUGAAUAUUUAAAAAAUAAAUAAAUGCACGAGUGAUUGAACGACUUGGUCAAUAAAUCCCGACUUCUUUUUUUAUAUAUAGAGGACAUUUAAUCCUGCCCUAUUUAUUUAUAUACGCUUUUUGACUAUCAUCUUCUUGUAACCCAAUUUAAUACAAUUUUUUUAUUUAAUUCAAUUAAAUAAAUAUGAAUCACAGACAGAAAUUUCAUGGACAAAAAAACCUGGAUAAAAGUACCUCGGACAAAAUAUCCCAAUUUUGUAAAUUUUUUUAAUGGCUUAAAAAAUAGAAAAGUAAUUUUAAAAAAAAUAUUAACUUUUUAAAGCGUUUAAAUUUAUUUUGAGAAUUAGGUAUUUUUGUCCGAUGUCUUUUUGUUAUAUGCCCUUUUAUCCAGAAUACUUUUGACCAGGACAUUUCUGUCCAUGAUCCCUUAUAUUUCAUAUAAUCAACCAUUUAUAUAACCUUAAAUAAUAAUUUAAAAAUAUUCUUUUUCGUCCUUUUUUUAAUACACUUUAUAGUAAUAAAUUAUUUAUCUCUUUAUUUUUUUUAAUACUAAAUUGUUAUUACUUAUAUUAUGAUCCAAAAAUUAAUGAUAUCCAUUUCCAUAUUAUCUCAGUAUUUAUUUACUAUUUAACAUAUAUCAAAUAACCUUGACUAAUUUUUUUUGUAUGUAAGAAAAUAUUGUUAAUUAUUUUAACAUGGGGAUUAUAUAUAUAUAUUUUUUAUUUAUUUAUAUCAUAUUCAUGUAUCAACCACCUUCACCUAUAUAAUAAUCUAAAUCGGGACAUAUUUUUCACUGCAAAAUUAAAAUGAGGAUUAUUUGUCCAAUUAUAUAUUAAAUUAAAAAAAUUAAUUUAAUAAGUUAAUAUUAUUUUUUUUGCAUUCUUGAUUUAGCGUUAAAUUUUUGCCUGGAGUUAUUUCAUCGUCAAAUAAUGCGUCAAUUUAAAUGGUUUUCAUCAUACAUGGGUGAAUAAUAAUUAAAAAAAUCUAAAUAUUGUACACAUUCUAAGACUGUGUCCAAAAUAUCAAAUAUUCAAUUCGAAAAACUUUUUUAAAACUUCAUCGAUUUUUUUUAAAACACAAAAAUUAAAAAAUGUGAUUAAAACAUGUUUGUAAAUUUUCAGAACUUUAUCACUAGAUUUCCUUUAAAGGUUUAAAAACUCUUAAAAAAUAGAUUUUAAACACAAUCUAAUCUAAAUUAGGCAUCAUUGUGUGUAAUUUAGAAGAAAAAAAAUCUCCAUCGCUAACACUCUAUUUAGAAGGCAAUAUAUUUCUAUUUUGAUUUUUAUUUAUAAAACGGUUUCUAGGGAUUUUUAUGGGGAAUUCAUUUUUUUUAAAUAAAAAUAUAAAUGCUCAAAACCUCAAACACCACCAUAAUAAUGUUUAUGUAAUAAUAACAUGUUCUUUUUGUAACCAUUUGUGUUUUAUAUUUUUUUAACAUACUUUGUCAUAUUUUUAUGAUUGUAAAAACUUA